AUGAGACCAGGUAUUUUAUUUACUUUUUGAAGGUUUUGAUAUUUUUAGAGAAAUGACAAAAAAUAGAGAAACUUUCAGAAUAAAUUUGAGAAUCGAUGAGAUUUAAAAUUAAAUUUUUAGACUCCAAACUUUAGCCAGAAAUAAAAUUUCUUACGAUUCGAAACUUGGCCAUAAUGUUGAAUAUGGGAAAACGUAGGAUUAACUAAAUAUAUUUCUAGAUCUUAAAAAAUUUCAGAAGUAAAAUUAUAGUAAGAUCACAGAGAAAAUUUGGAAUAUAUAAAUCCUUCUCAGAAACUUCAAAUUUUCAACAUUUGAGAUUCCGAAACUUGCAGAUAAAUCCACUUGAUCUCAAAAUUUUCAGAUCACUGUAAACAUAGUGUAAUUUUCUACCCAUAAAUUUUCUCUGAAUUUCUUUGAGCUAACACAAUUUUGGGGAUUCAAUGAACGGAAAAGUAAGAGACAUAGAUACAAACUAUUUUUGAUCAGCUCCGAAAUUUUUGAAUAUUUGGGGCUAGAGAUUUUGGACGAUAAAAUGUGUACCUAACAUUUUUCUGUCGUCAUAGCUUUUUUCCAAAAAUAUAUACCACGAAUAUAUUUUUCUUUCUCAUAUUUAUUUAUUUACACUCAUAAAUACACUUUUUUGGGUGUACUACUUUUUUGUUGGCCAUUUUUUGUUGGUGUGCUGCACAUUGCACACACACAUUGUGUUUCCAAUACCGAAAAUCUUCUCAAAUUACAAUAAGAGAAGAAAAGAGAAAUGAAUCUUUGAUUUUGUUCGUUCUUUCCGUGAUUAUCAUAUAAAUAUUCUUGUAUCACGAAAUUUGCAUAUACAUUUUAGGUAAAUAUAUCAAAAUUUUGUUUAUAUUUGUUUGAGGAGAAUUAAAAAUUGAUGUUUGUGUUCAAAAUGGGAAAAAUGUAUAGCGAAACUAAACUACCAAAAUGUUUUGGUCAAAAAAGAAGAAAAAACAUUUCUUCUUUCUGAUGAAAAAGCCAAAUUUUUCAAGUGUUCUUCUUUUUUUGUCAGAAAAAACUCUUUGUGCCAAAAGAUUGAUUGCUCAUCUAAUUUUCAUAAAUUUUUCAUUUCGUCAGCUCGCAAAAAACGACUUUUGAGUGGGUCUCAAACCGGAAAACCAUAUUGAAUUUCUCGCUUGAAAAAUAGUACUUUUCUAUCUGUGCAGACAAGCAAAAGACGAUGUGAGCAAAUCAAACUAGAUUUGAUUUUCUUGUUUUUUUCUGUUAACAAGUGAAAGAAAAAAAAACAACAAAAUUAUCUAUGUGAUUUUUGGAAUCGAGAUUACUGUAACAUUUCGCAACUCGAAUUAGAGAUUGCUUCAAAAAAGACGAAAAAGAAGAAGAAGAAGUUAGCUGACCACUAUGCCCUUUCUAAAUUGGCUUUUGCCACACAAAAUCACAUUUUGACAAAAAGACGAGACAGAACCCUUCUCCUUUUUCCUUAUUUUUUGCAUGGCAGAUAAAAAAUCUCGGGGGAUAGAAAGAAUUAUUAAAAUAAUUCAACAGAAGGGUGUUGAUGGAACGAAAUUCAAACAUUCUAAAAUGAGACUCUCAAGAUUUAUGAAUUUAGUGUUCGAAAAAAAUUCCGAACCACAAAUUUUUAAAAAGUGGAGAAAUUUCUAAUUUUGUUGGAAAUGAAAAAUCGAAAUUUCGCGUGGCAUUUCCAAAUUUCGAAAUAUUUAUAUACUUUCCUCGACUUCAAUCCACUCCAAAUAUUCACAUAAACUUUUUCAUUCCAAAACUAACAAAUUUUGUAUGCAUAACUAUUUUUGUGAAUAUCUUUUGUCUCUCCUCAAAAAUGCAUUCUUCUCCAAUUUUCGGACACCAGAUGGGAUCUAUUUAGUUGUACUAUUUAUGCUUUUUUUCUAGUUAGCCUCGAAACAUUAAAAAAACACUUUUCAAAUUUCCCAAAGGGCAGAUUAAAUUGUUUUUUUGUUAAAAUAAUGACAAAUGUUAAAAGUCGGGAAAAAAACAUAAAAGAAGAAGCCACAAAAACUCAUUUCCGCUAGCAAAUUUUAUACGAAAUCCUAUUAGUAUUUAGUAGUAUUUGGUUGUUUGGGUGGUAAUCGGAAUGUCAAAAAGUGUCAAUUCCAAAAAGCGGGUUGUUUCCUCUCGUCUUUUUUUUGGUUGGCUCGUUUAGUCAACUUAUCCGAUGGUUCAUCUUUUUUAUGUGAAAAAUGGAGAAUUUUUACGAAAAAAAGGGAAAACACUAACAAUAAAAAAAACAUACAUAUUAUUGCAGGAUAUGGACUUGUUACCGAAGAAUGUCCAUCUCAUGCUGUUGGAUGUCGAAUUCGAGCAAAAAAGGAUCAUAUUGGUAAAUAAGAAACAUCUAACUUCCAUCUGAUAAAGUCUAGCCUAAUUCAUUUUCGAAAAAAUAAAACUCAUGAGAAAAACCCGUUUCUGAUUUGAAAUUUGUGAAGUUUCAAUUUUCCAGAUUGGUAUGAAUUUUCGAGAUUAUAUGAUCGCAAUCAAUUAGUAUGUGUUUAUCCAGAAGAAUAUGCAUCAAUGACUGGUUCGUUUCAUUAUUUUUAAAUUCAAAAUCUUCAAUUAGAGAAAGAGCAACUCUUUUUAGGUUGUGCUCGAAAAACAUCUGGAAACAUCAGAUGUUGGUGUGGUGGAAGAGAUAACUGUAAUGAUCCAGAAACAAGCAGGUUAGUUCUAUUACUUAUCCUUUGUUUUUGAUUCCAAAACCAGAUUUUUUCAAAAUUGGAAAAAUUAGUUUUAUCAAAUUUCUGGCAAAGUUUGAUAUUUGAAAAUCCUUCAACUAGAAAUAACCUAAAAUCUACAAAACUUUCAGAGAUUUGUAUGAAGCUUUCACUGAAGGAAACACAGAUGCAAUUGAAAAAAUAUCAGAUUGGUUGAGAAGUGAAAAAAGUGCAAGUUCGUGGAAAAAAUUCACAACAACUGAAGAACCACCAUCAACAACUACGACAACUACGACAACUGAAGCAACAACUUCAACUUCAACAAAAUCACCAACAACAAAAAAACCAAAAACAACAACAACUAGAAAACCAAAAAGAAUUGGAAUUGCAAAAACAACAACAGUGGCACCUGAAAAAACUACAAAAAUUAAUAGAAAAGUGAAUGUGGUUAAUAUUAUAAACAAGGUAGGUGUUUGAUAAAAAGAAUGAUUUCUAGAAAAUGAUUUUCAGGGAGAUGUUGUGGUUUCAAAUGAAUUGAGUACUUAUGAGGAAACUCGAAGAAAAUUAGAAAAAGAUAUGAAAGAAGAAGAAGAAAGAAUGAAAGAAAUGUUAGCUGAUGAAGAAGAAGAAGAUAUCGAUGAUAUUUCAAGUGGUUAAUUUCUUUUUUUUUUUGAAAAAAAAUUAUCCGUUAACUUUAAAUGAAAAUAUGAAUUUCAGAUUUAACCGAAGAUGAAAUAGCACAACAAUCAGAAAGUCGCCGACUUGACGAAAAUCUUGCUGAAGAUGUAAUUCUUCGAAGAAUGGAAGAAGAUGAAGAACUUAGACAAAGUCGACAAACAGAUGAAUAUUCUGAUGUUUUUAUGUCUGGAAAUUCUGCUUCAAACAUUUUUAAUAUUUUCAUUGUUGCUCUUAUUAUUUUUAAAUGCACAUUUUGA